AUGUUGAGUUCUUUCACAAACGUAUACGGCUCCUUUCCCAAUAUCCAAGCUCGUAUGAAUCAUCUAGCGGGUACUCAAGCAAGCGUUGUGGGAAUGGCAGGCCGACUUCAGAGUCUGAGUGAUUUUGAAAGAGAGCAGGACGAAUUGCAAGCUCAGAUUGACCAAGACAAUCUUAAUGCACAACCCACAAGAUCUCGCACUGGUUUACCAGCCGCCAACCGAACUAGGAAUGUGCCAGAUAUCAGUGGUAUUCUACUUGAAGAGCAAGCGUUGCAAGAAAUGGGCAACACAAACUGGGUAGGAAAACUACUGGAGUACCACCAAGCCAACGCCAUCAUUCCAGUGCCAGAGUAUACAGAGCACCAGGUCUCCGAACAGCGAUUCCGCUUUUCCGUAACCAUCAAACAAAAGUCCGAGCCCAUCACUACUCUAGCAUCCUUCAGCAACAAAAAAGAUGCCAAAAAAUUCAUCUCCAAACUCGCCGUCGAUUGGCUUAUAUCACAGAACCUCAUGCCAUCUACCGGCGCCGUCAAAUUUCCCAAGACACCAAUUGCAACUCCAGUUCCAGAUGCCCGCGAGAGAAGCACCUCCCCAACACCCUACCCCAGUCUCGUCCCCGGCCUCUGCAUCGCCCUUGGUUACAACCCUCCUGCCUAUAGACUCAAGCUCAUGUCAGAAGGCACGGCAUUUUGGGAAAUCUAUGCAGAUUUUGGAUCCGAUCCCCGGGUUGACGGCCCCGUAGGAAAACUCACAAACAUUUACGGCAAGCAGAAAGCCAAAGAGGCUUGCGCGAAAGAAGUUUUCAAGUUUUUGAAAGCGAUUGAAAGAUCAAGGGAAGCAGACAUUAUAGCUCAGCAGGGAGAGGAGAGGAGGAGUGAGGAGGAGCCUCAACCUCAGCAUGAGGACUUGGAUUCAAAUGCGAAUGAUCAGGAUGGUGUCGUUACUGGUAUUUAA